ACACAGGAGAAACUUCUAAAUACGAAGAAAAGGCAGAUGAAAAGUCUCUGAAGAUCAUGACCCUGGCAGAAGGCGACGAGGGAACCUACACGGCCGACGGCACCUCACCAGUCGAAAAGUUCCAGGUCCAAGUGGUACCAGUCUGCACAGGCCAGGCGACAAAGGUGACAUGCAUGGGCAAGCUGGGUGGAGAGCUCGACUUGACGAUGGAUAGCGGCACCACCCCAUUCAAAUGGCAUAAGGACACCACAGAAAUUGUUGCAUCAGAAAAGUACGGUGCAAUCGACGCGAUGACCCUGACGAUCAAGUCCCUGGACGACGACGACGAGAAAGAGUUCAAGGGCACCAGCACCGACAAAAUAGCUCGAGUGUUUGGCGUCCAAGUGGCCAACUGCCUUGGCGCUAAGGGAACCGUGCCGUGCCAGGCCAAGCUGAACGAAGCCCUCAAAUUAGGAAUCUCAGACACAGUUAGUGAUACUGUCACCUGGGUGAAAGUGGACGGCCAGCUCCCCGCCAACAACCUGAAAGUAGGAGCCAACGACGUAGGUCUGAAACUCAAGGACCUGAAAGCAGCCGACGUGGGAACCUACAAGGCCACCUACAACUCUGACAUGGAGGUUUUCUUUGCUGUCAGCGUUCCGGCUGGCGGCGACACCAAAAACAACAAGAAGGACAACAGCGGCGGCGGCAGCAGCAGCAAUAACACCAGCACUGACCAAGUCAAUUUUGGCGAAAGCAAGCCCAAGCCCGAGGACGGCAGCGGCGUCGGCGGCCUGUCCUACUCACCUGCUCUGCUGGUGACGGUCACCCUGGUGCAUCUGCUGCUUCAGCUGGCCGCCUAGAAGACAGCAGCAAGCUGAAGGUGGAGGCAGAAAAAGCCAGCCCACCAGCCAUUGAUUGGUCUCUGCAUGCAUUCUACUACCAUUGAUUUGCCACCAUAGGCGCAUUUAGUCGUUGAUUAAGCUUACAUUUGCCACUGUAGGCGCAUUUAGUUAAGUAAGUUUUGGCGCAUUUAGUCAUUGAUUAAGCUCAUGGAGUUAAUUUGCUUUUCCUUUGAUUGCUUGAACUCAAUGCUGCUCGAUUGUUCUCUUUUUUUUCCCCUAUAUUCAAUAAA